UCAGCUAUUUCUUUGUCUAGAACAAAACUUCCUUUGAGUAUUAACUAGGCAAACUCUUAACCUCCUUGAGGAAUUUGCUAGGCUGCUUCACCCAUCUGGCCAUCUCCCUAUAAAAACCCAACAUCCAGCAUUUAAUAAUCUCCCAUUCUUUUUUUUUUUUCCCUUCUUGUGCAUAUGUUGUUUGUGUUUGUUUCUUAUCUAACAUGACCAAUAUACCCACCUCUCUCACAGACUCUUCCCUUGCCCUCUUCUCUCUCGCCAUUUCUGCAUCUGAUCCCUGGCCUUUCUCUCUUCUUCUCUAACCUUGUGUUCUCUCUUUCUUGAUUUUUGAUUUCCUUGUUCCUUGAUUUUUUUCUUGUUUUCUUGAUAUGGGGAUCAGUGGAGAUAGAAACCAUCAUCACUUGAAUUUCCAUGUCCAUUUGCCCCAUCUUCACUUUCAUCACCAAGGCAGCAGCAAGAAAGAGUUGAAAGAUAUCCCAAAAGGGUGCUUGGCGAUCUUGGUGGGACAAGGUGAGGAGCAGCAGAGGAUUGUAAUCCCUGUGAUUUACAUAAAUCACCCUCUCUUCAUGCACCUGCUUAAAGAAGCCGAGGAAGAGUAUGGUUUUGACCAGAAAGGCCUCAUCACUAUCCCUUGCCAUGUCGAGGAAUUUCGCAACGUUCAAGGCAUGAUCGACAAGGAAAAGCCCAAUCACGGCCACCACCAUGUUUUGUGCUUCAGGUUUGCACUUCAACUUCGGGGUAUUAGUGCCGUUUGCAUCGCCACACACCACUAUCAAUGUUGCAUCGCCGUCGAUAAUCCCAGGGCCUUUUAAGCUUAUCGUCGUUCAAGUGAUUCACGCCUCCUGAAUGUUGCUUUUAGCUCUGCUCAACAUUUUUUUAUAUUGGCUCUAUGGAAAUUUGCAUCUAAUUUGAAAAUCUCCGAGUGCUUCUCCAAUUCAUCAAGUGAUUUUGUGAUAUUAGAGGUUAAAUCUGUGUUUAAACAUCUGUAGGUGUUGUAUUGAUGUGGAUAUUGCAUAUGGAAUCUGUCUAAGGGUGGCAAUUUUAGACA